AUGAACAACUCUCAAAAAAGUAAAACUGUUCGAUCAGGUUCAGCUAGAGUUAAAUCAGCCAUUGAGAGAGCAGGAUUAAUUCAACAAAGAGAGCAAUUGAGAGAAAUGUUGAUUAGCAAAUUUUCAAAGGAUUUUGCCUUGGGCAACAAGAAUAAGGAAGUGUUAAUUUAAUAGAUAGUUAAUGGAUACUUCGCGAAUGAGCAAGCAUCAAGAAUAAAAAUGUUAGGUUACAGAAAAUUCUUUAAAAUAACUGAAGACAAGAGAAGUUAAACUUAAACUUAAUAAAACCCAUCCUUAGAUAUAUAAAUUGAUAAUAGAAGUGAAUAGAAAUAGCAAAUGUUCGACCUUAAAUUGUGAA